AUGCCCGGUACCACCAACGGCAACACCGCUCAGGCCCGUUCUCGUAAGAGACAACGCCGCAGCCCUAUCGCUCAGAGCCAGAACCCCACCGCUCAGGCCGGUUCUCGUAAGAGACAACGCCGGAGCACCAUCGCUCAGAACCAGAGCCCUAUCGCUCAAAACCAGGGCCCUAUCGCUCAGAGCCAGAGCCCUUCGCAGUCGAAAACCCCCAUCGUCGCUCAAAGCCAGAGUCCUUCACGUCUCUUGGGCGUAGCCUCCACACACACUACGUUCUUUGUUAACCGUAAACAUGCGUCUGAACACAGUGUUGGAGGCACUUAUUCGGGUCAAAUGCAUGUGGACUUCUACGAACCUCUUUAUGCAUUCGCACCAAACUUGCAAAGAAACAUGGUCUUUCUCCACGGAGACUUCUUUACUGGCCAGACAUGGCUCGAAAAGGUAGAUGGAACUCAAAGUUGGGCAGCCUAUUUCCUGAAGCAAGGAUACAACGUCUUCGUGGUUGACCUGCCUGGCGUUGGCAAAUCGUCGUUUCUGAACGAGAACGACUACCAAAUUCCCGGUAUCCCCAGAACAGUCCGAAAGCUGACCGCCGACUUGGUCGAGCGAGAAUUUACUGCUUCUGAGAAAUUUCCUCUUCCUGACGGCUCGCUUGCAUGGGCAAGUGCCAAUCGUCAUACUCAAUGGCCAGGAACUGGUCUCCGAGGUGAUGAAUACUUCAACAAGCUCAUGGCUUCUACCACCGACAUGGUCCUUCCAAAGCUCCAGCAUGAAGAGCUAGGCACAAUUGCAGUGACGGAUCUACUCAAGCGUAUUGGCCCUUCUUUCUUGCUCGGACAUGGCACCGGAGCCACCAUUGGCAUGCUUACCGCCGAUGCCGUCCCGAGACUGGUUCGAGGCCUCAUCUCAAUCGAGCCAGACGGCCCCCCUUGUGCCCUGGCAGGAAGACCUGUGGACGGGCGCAUGACAUACACGCCCUACUUGCAGUAUAACCCAAACAUCCGAAGAUACGGCCUUUCGGACGCUCCGCUUACCUUUUCACCUGCGUCGCAACCUGCACCUGGUGCUCACCCUCUUAAAACCGAAGUGCGCCAGCUAAACGACAACAAUGGAUGCUAUAUAGUUCAGCAAAAGCAGUCCAACAUACGCAUCCUCAACAUGCGUGAGGGACAAGAGACAGUCCCGCAGCUAGUUCAACUUACGCAAGUGCCCCAUGCCAUGUAUAUCAGCGAUUCGAGCCCUCACUCCGUCUUCGACUGGGCCACGGCGCGCUUCUUACGACAUGGAGGCAACUUUGUCGAUUGUUUUCCUCUGGAAGCUGAGGGAGUUCGAGGCAAUGGGCACUUGAUGCAUCAAGAGGAGAACAGCGACGUCAUUGCUCGACGCAUAGAUGAGUGGGACUUCGACCCCAACCAAGCAUUCAACGAAGCUUGGGAGCCAAUAAAUUUCAGCUCUAAUAGCUUUAGCAGUGCCGAGACUGCGUUCUUUGACACGGCCGACACUGAUCAGGAGAUGCUUUCAGAAUGGAAGACCGACCUUUCCCAGCAUGAUGAUACCGGCCUUGCAACAGCUGGAAUCCCUGAAACUGAGGAUCUGUCCAAUGACGAAUGGGCGCAGUUUUUCAACAGGGGCCUUGUCCAGGAGUUUUCUGACCUUUGA